AUGGAGCACGCCGCCGCCUCGCCUGCGACGGAAACCCGUGUCCUGCUGGACAAGAAUUCCAACGGCGUCCCGACCCUUGCGCCCAAGGCCCAAUUCCUCUCUGGCGAUGGCAGCACCCAUCUGGUCAAGGUUCGCAGGAAGAAGGCUCGCGAUGACAGUCUGGCUGGCACCUUCUGUGCCUGGCUCGAGGCGCAUCAGAUCGGCCUCUCCGUCAAUCUGUUGAUCCUGCUCGCCCUCACCCACGCCUGUUUCCCUCGCGCUCGCCCUACCACCCGCAAGUUUUUCGAGCUGUCCUACUACGAUGCGGCCAGCGGCAAGUACACGCAGGGCUGGGAUGAUUUCCCGUUCGUCUUCUUCGGCAUCAUUGUCUUCACGGCGCUGCGUGCUGCCACGAUGGACUACGUGCUGAAGCCGUUGGCACGUCUGGGCGGCAUCCAGAAGAAGAAGGCGACGGUCCGCUUCGCCGAGCAGGGCUGGCUGCUGGUCUAUUGCUCCAUCUUUUGGUCGCUGGGCAUGUACAUCAACUACAACUCGUCGUACUGGCUCGACCUCUAUGAAAUCUGGAAUAACUUCCCGACGCGCGAGAUGAGCGGCCUGAUGAAGGGCUACUACCUGCUGCAGUUCGCCUUCUGGCUGCAGCAGAUCCUCGUGAUAAACAUGGAGGAGAGGCGCAAGGACCACUGGCAGAUGUUCACGCACCACAUCAUCACGAGCGCGCUCGUGUCGAUGAGCUACAGCUACUACCAGACCAAGGUCGGCAACGUCAUUCUGUGCCUCAUGGAUGUGGUCGACAUCUUCCUGGCGGGCGCCAAGCUCCUCAAGUAUCUCGGAUUCCAGACCGCCUGCGACAUCGGCUUUGGUGUUUUCAUCGCCAGCUGGGUCAUCGCACGGCACGUCCUGUACAUUGCCGUCUGCUGGUCGAUUUACGCAACGGUCCCAACGGCGAUGCCUUACGGGUGCUACGAUUCCGUCUCCGGCGAACGCCUGCCCGCUUCCCCGAUGACACCAGCCGACGGCGGUGAUCAGAUCAUGCGCGAGAUUUUGCAGCCUUUCCGCGAUCCUGAGGGCCCGGUGUGCUUCAACUCGCGCAUCCGCUGGGCUUUCCUCGGCCUGCUCGGCGGCCUUCAGGUCAUCACGCUCGUGUGGCUCUGGAUGAUCAUCCAGGUCGCGUACAAGGUCUUGACCGGCCAGGGCGCCGACGAUACACGCAGCGACGACGAGGGUGAUGAGGACGAGUCCGUCGAUACCGAGAAGGGCGGCUUCGGCAAGAAUGGCAAGCCUACGAGUGGCGCGGCUACCCUUUCGAUUCCCCAGGUGCCUCUCGAGGAGGAAGUUGGCGUCGAGGGCCUGCAUUUCGGCACUCCGACCAGGAGAAGGAGCGAGAGGCUGUACAAGCGCAGCAGCAGUCGUGCCAGCGGCAUCAGCAUUUCCGGAUCCAGCGACCGCAAGGAGUUGCUCGGAAGAAUUGGCUGCGAGAAGCCGGUGAAGGACUAG